AUGAGUACCCCCGCUCACGCUGUCGCCCAGCGCCCACACACUGCAACGUACGGUCUGGUGUUAGCUAAAAUGUCGAGUCAAGCCGCAGCAACAUAUGCGAAAGAAUGGGCUCUUCUCAGUAAUCUGACCCACACAAUCCAUUUCGACAGCGGGAGGUCUUCGAGGAAGGAAGAGAAACGACCUGCAACCUCAAAUUCUGUCGAAGGUCCUAGUUUUCCCCGCCCCAUCUCAAUUAUGGGCGAAAUUCCACCAGAGCUCCUUGGAGAGAUAUUCAAAUGGGCCAGUCCUAUUCGUGAAUUUACAGCAUCCCCGCCGAUGUCGCUUCCCGAUGACCCGCCGUACGCGAUGGCCUACGGUUUCACCCAGACUUGCUUUCUUUGGAGAAACGUCGCCUUGUCAACUCCCGAAGUCUGGACAUCGAUCCCAGUUGUACGCCAGGAUAUCAAUACGAAUGGUUUCGUGAAGCAUGUCAAAAUGUUUCUCGAACGCUCCAAGGACGCGCCGAUACAUGUGGCCCUCGUCACAGCAGGAAAAUCAAGACCCAGAAGCGCUAUUUUCUCGCAAUCGCACCGAUGGAAGACGGCCAUGAUCCGCAUGAGCGAUCUGCCUGAAAGUCUGGGGCUUCCGAUCCUGGAAGCUUUGAACGUCAAGUGCCCCGAGUUGUGGCUAGAUCGCGUUUGUGGAAAGACGAAUGCCCCCCUCCUUCGCCACCUUGUUAUCGCUGACCGCCCGAAAUGCAACUUCAUGAGGCAGGGAGCCGUCAACGAGCUGACAAGCUUCGUUGGAUUGCCGAUGGAUCUGGAUGUCCUGGCUCCCUACUGUUCCCGCCUGCGAAGUUGUACGCUUGGAGGCCAGCUUCAAUUUCAGUUUCAUCCGCCGUCAAGUGUGCUGCGUUUUGAGGUGCUCGAAGAACUUCGUGUUUUCAACAUUAACAGAGGUUUCUUCGCGGAUGACACAUGCACGAUAUUGGGAUACAUUCGGGCUCCUGUGGCACAACGUCUGGAGGUAGAAGGGAGACGACGGAUGGGGGCAAUAGCAGGAAUAUCGGAACUCAUUCGCGAUAUAUGUUCGACGACCCUCGAGGGAAAUUCCAAAUUGGAUUACCUGAAGCUUCAUGUCAGAGGCAUCUGCGAAGAGGAUAUGGUCAACCUCUAUUCUUGCAAGUCACUCAAGAGGUUGAAGACGCUAGAGCUCUUUGACCUCCCAUUGUCCUGUUUGGAACGCUUGCGAAGCAUUUCCACAGGAGUAUCUGAAUCCAGCACCCCUUCCCUUCCUUUUCCUCAGUUGAAGAAUUUGUUUAUCCAACGAUUCUCGUCGCAAGAUUUGACGACAUUGCUUCGAGUUCAAGAUUGGAGGUCGAGCCUGGCCGGCGAAGACGUAGAAAGAAACUUGACGAUCUACCUCUCCUAUGCUCCUGGUAGACCGCGGAAUUGGAUUCAACGACACGUUAAACAGUUUCAAGACCCAAAAGCGCAGACAUUAAUCUGGUCAGAAGAUAGCAAACUCCUCAGUCGUGGAGAACAUCUUGCGAAGCAGUUUGUGGGACGAGUCCCACGUGCAAUUGACAGAUUCAAGGUUUCUGGAAGACCAAGCAAGCGGAAGGAAAAAUGGUGUCAAGACCCGUAUCGCCUAAACGAAUUCCUGACGCACCUCGAGAACUAUGAAGUCAAGGACCCUAGAUUAUUAGAGAUGACGAGGCUCACCAAAAUCAUGGAAGCCGUCAAGGACACGCCGCUAGGUGCUAUCCCUGGAGACGAUGUCUAUAUGUUUCAGAGACGUGCCGACGAGAUUGCAAAAAGAUGGACAUCCCUCGAAGAAGGCAUUCAGGGACGACGAUGGGCCUUGAUGGAAGACGGAAGGACUGUUCGAAUUACGGCUGGUCGACGAACAAUCGACCUAGAAUGA